AUGGGUAACUUUGAAGACUCGGUAUGGCAUGUUGAACAAUAUCACUACUUCAAUCUGAACAGUGUUGCAAAUUUCAUGCUGUCAAACAAGGUGCGUGAUCAAGGCAACAAGGUUGUUCUGACUGACGAAGGUUCUGAUGAGCAUUUUGACAGAUAUAUUCACUUUCAACAAGCCAACUACCUGCUCGAGCCUGGUCUCUCGGUAUCUGAUGGCAUUGAACUACUCUCUGACCAAGAACGUCAAAAGAAGCUCAACAUAUUUAACAACCAAGAAGAGUUCAAAAAGUACACCAAAACCGACUUUAUUGGGCACGAAGACGGCACCCAUCGUAAACUGCUCAAUAUUAGUUUGGCGUCUCUCUAG